CGUCUGUCCACUCUGCAGCUCCCUACUCUGCCAGUCUCUUGGGUCUGCCUCUCUAGAUGAAGCACUGGCAAGCUCCUCUUCAUGUCCGACGCUGAGCGCCGCGGCAGUAUCUAAUCAAGAGUUGCAGUGCGUGGGCUAGUAGGCUUGGAGAGCAUUAAAGGUCAGGAUCACAUCACCCCCUCGCUCCACGCCCACGAUUCGACUGUGCAAAGCUCUGAUGGUGCGUCGGAUGAAGCUGGACGUGGUCAACCCGAUUGGCUCCUACCGGCCCGAGUACUGCCUCUACUCUCGGCCGGUCCAGGUCGUUAGCAUGGCUGCACCUUCACUAUCAAAGGCACCCCUCGGGCCAUCUGAAAAGGCACCACAGCAAGUCGUCGAGACCAAGAUGGUCAAGACUCUCAUCAAGACGACGACCACGCAUCGCGAGACGAUAUCGACGGUGACGAGGAAACCACAACCACCACCACCUCCUCCCCCUCCCCCUGUGCAGUCGCUAGCACCGUGCUGCUGUUCUUGCUUGCCUCGGCCAUGCUCAUGUCCAGUCUGCAGCCCGCCACCAAGGCUUUGUCAUUGGGCAGAGGCUUGCCACUGUUGCCAUUGUGGCCCGGCAGCAGCAGCAGCAUCAGCAGCAGCAUCAGCUCCUAUUCUGACUCCAGCGCCUGCUCCUCCCGCGCCGACAUCGUGCCACCACCACUCUCACACCCACUGCAUGUAAAGCAAAGAGCACCGGCGCUAGCGCCGAGCGAGCUGAGCCCUCCGAACCAGAGACACACUAGGCGAGGCGGAGUGAGUCUUAUGUCAUGCACCGCCGC